CGGCACGACAGCACCGUUCCAACGGGAUUGGCCAAUUCCUCGGUUAGUGCCUCGGUUAUUCUGACGUUAAACUUGGUGAGAGUGGGGUCGCCCAGCGCACUGUUGACGUUUCUUCAAAACAAAGCAACGUCUGUCGGCUCGCGAGCAUUUUAUCCCGAUAACCCGUGGCAAGUGCGUCGUCCGCCGUUGAACUCAGUCUGAAAAUCACUGAACAAAUUAUUUCAUCCGCAUUCUCGGUGUCCCUGGAUUACCGCCUCCCGUAGUCGCGUGAACCCGUAAAAUUCAGUUGAUAAUAAGCAGACGAUCACCAACUGUUUUGUUGUUUUGUUGUUGAGGGAGUGAAGUGCAGACGAGGGAAAUGUCGUCGACGGCGAAAUUCACGUCGGACGAGAGUCUCGGCGAAUCAUGGGUGGAAUUGAACGCAGCUCCAGCUGACAGAGUGACACCCCUUCCAUUCGGCAGUGGUGGCGAAGAGUACCUUCGUUUACUUCGCGAAGCCCAGCGUGACUCCACCCAAUCAUCAGCAAGGCAUUCCCUGGCCUCAUCCAGGAGAGACACCCCGAGGGACAGCCCGAAGAGUCCACCUAACAGUCCGAAUACUGAGCUAUCAACUGAUGACGAUCUCAAAGGUGUCUACAUAAAUUAUGGUUGCUGCAAGGAUGCUGGGGACUUGCUGGAGAGGGGGUCCGAGUGGAUGUACGACGAGUGGAGCUCACGCCCUGAUCAAAUCCCACCGAAGGACUGGAAGUUCAAGCAUCCACAGGGGAUGUUCAAGAGGAAAACAUACUCUAUUCGAACUGCUAAAGUUGGGAAGAAUGGACUAUUCUCCAAGGAGGUUCUUUACACACUGUUUCUGUCCAAUCUGCUGUCACUCCUCAUUGGGACUGGAUUUGGGGUUUGGCUGACAAGGCGAAGUAUCCUGAUUUCUCGUGUCGCCAUCGAGUGAGUGGCGAACCCUCUCCACCGAUGAAAUUUCGAAAAGCUGAAAUAAGUGGGACGACGGAGUUGUGAAAAGCCGAAAGAAAGAUUGACAUGAGAAUAUCUUAAAGAGGGGGAUGAAAGAAAGACUGAGUGCCCGCGGGGAGUGAAGCCCAUUUUUUAAUGUAAGGAAAACUAAUCACUCUGCACAUCUAUUCUGUAAAAGGAGCCCUCAGGACGCAACAAAAAACGGGACAAAAGUAGCCCACCUGCAGAGACAUCACGACAAUUACUGAUUAUUAUUUUUUUAAAAAGCAAUAUCGUAGUUUUGGUUUGAUUGUAGACUUAUCAUCUUUUCCCCGAUCCACAUUUUCCUCGCUUCAACGAGAUGGUCUAUAUAUUUUGGGGUGAUAAUGCUUGUUGAUGAUUUAUCUUUGAAGAUUGUUUAUGAAAGUGAGAGAGAUUGAGUCGAGAUUGAAGAUGAAAAACUAUGAACAUGUCCAAUUUUAUACAAUUUCUAUGAAUGUUUCUAUCUGCGAUAGUAUGGUAGGCGAUAGCAUGAUUAGUAUUUAUGCAUAAUUUUUAUUCAUUACAUGAGGAGUGAGGAUUUAAUGGGCUGGCAUUGAUUACCAAUUAUUUUUUCUGACGAGCCUUCUCUCGGUAUUUUUUUCAAUCGAAAAAAAUUGAAGGAGGGAAUGCAAUGAUUGGGAGUCAUUAACUGAAUUGAAUGAGAGGCAUGACCUCUAAUUUCACUACGUAAAUUACAUUCUGUAAUUUGAAAUACUGUGGGUUAUUUUUUUUUAAUUUCUGAAGAGUCUAUUCUCAAAAACUAUUAUUUCCAUUUGUUGGUGGAGACCAUUGGAGAAUUUUCGUGUAAUAAAUUGGGUAAUCAGUGCCACCAGUUCCCUCAAACAAAUCGACGUUUACUGAUUGCAUUCGAAAAUUUUCAUAUCUUUAUUAAUAAUUCCUUCUCAAUUCUGUGGGUUAAUCUUGAAGGAAAAUCAGCCUCAGGCGGUACAAUUUGGUUUUCUCGAUUUUUUUCUUUUUUUAAUCAUUCGUAAUUAUUAUCGAAUUAACAUUUAUUAAGAUGUAAUAGUCGUAAUGUAAACUGUAUAUUUUAGUUCUUCCUCUAGUAUACGGUGUUUGAUGGGAUAAACGGAGCAGAAAUCGGUGAAUAAAUUGACGUUGGUCAACAGUCGUUUAUCACAUUGAUUCAUUCAAUCUGACGUGAACGCCGGUUUUUAUUUACUCUAAAUUUUCAUUCGAAUAUAGGUAUAGUUUCGAGAAAAUAUAUAACUUUGUGUUUUCACGGUUUGUUUGUAAUUGCAUAUGGAAAAUAAAGCAUUUUGUAAAUUUAUAAAUAUCAAUUUAUGGAUGAAAAACUAGUGGUACUUGAUAUGAGAAAGAUUAUUGAAAUAAAAAUUGCAGAAAGUAUA